AUGAACUCUCUUCUCUUCUCAUUAUUGUACAUCUUCUUUUGUCUGCUUUCCAUCGUUUUUCUGCUUUGAACCUGUUCAACCUGUUCCUCCACAGAUCUUUUCCAGCUCACCUUAUGGAUUUUUCUUCACUAAAAGGCUUUGAGCUGGGGAAGCUUGUGUUGAGCUCGGGUCUUUUACACAUCUCAUGGAAUAAGAUCUCAGAGUUACGUGCAUCAAGAGCCCAUCAGGUUCAAACUCCAGGUCUAGGAAUCAAGAUUUUCCAAGAAACCAAAUACACGGUUGUUGUUUUUGUCGCACCACCGAUAAACUUGAGUUGUCCGUUAAACUCUGCUUCUACAAUUCUUUCUGGGACAAAAGAUCAAAACCCUUUUCAUUUCCUCUGCUCCGAGAAGAUCUCCUCCUCUCUUCACACCCCUGCUUUUCAGCUCUUUGUCUCUGCCUACAAUAACAAUCUCCUCCACCUCAAAUCAAAGUUGCUCCAUUUGCUUGAGUCAAAGGAACAUGUGAUCAUUACCGGAGCUGCUCUAGGAGGAUCGGUCGCAUCUCUCUUUACACUAUGGCUUCUAGAAACAGUCGAGCCAACUCUAAAACGUCCACUGUGCAUCACAUUUGGCUCACCUCUAAUCGGAGACGCUAAGCUACAAGAGAUUCUUGAAAACUCCUUGAGAAACUCAUGUUUCCUCCACGUGGCUUAUGCUUCACAAACUCCCAUCAACACAGACUUCAAGCCUUUCGGAACGUUCUUGAUAUGUUUCGACUCCGAAUGUAUAUCCAUCGAUGACCCUGAAGCCGUCAUGGAGCUACUAGGCGGUACUAAUACGGACCAAGUAGUAGGUUUGAUAGACUACGGCAAAGUUCUUGAUCGUUUGGAUCAAACGGUGAUGGAGGAUUCAAGAUUGAUGAUAGAUGAUGUUAUCAGUAGAAUGGAUGAACGUGCUGAGAAGAAGAAGCUGCGUUAUGAUCAGCUCAAGAAACUAAACGACAUCAAAAUAUCAAUGAUAUAUAUAGAAUGGUACAAAAAGAAAAGCAAGAAGGAGAAAACCGGUUACUACGACCGGUUCAAGACGCAUCUCGCGUCUAGUGUUUCACCCUUCGACAUAGAUAUCGAGAAGCGCAAAAGAGAGGUCAACGAUUACUGGAGAUCAUUGGUUGAAGAAGUUGAGAAGAAGCCUCAGAGUGAAAAGUCUCUCCUCAAGACAAGGUCUCUCUUCUCCGGGAACAACUACAGACGCAUGGUCGAGCCACUAGACAUUGCUGAGUAUUACCAUAAUGGUGGGAGAGAGUACAGAGCCUCUGGGAGGUCGAGACACUAUGUUAUGCUGGAGAAGUGGUUUAAGGAGGAAAAGAUAGAACCGGUUAGGUGCGUGAAGAGGGAUUUGAGUGAUUUUUUGACGUUUGAUUCUUGUUUCUGGUCUGAAGUUGAGGAAGCUUUGAUUGUGAGCAAGUGUCUUCAGACACAAGAAGGUGAGAGAGAGGUGUUGUUGAGGAAGCUUGUGAGGUUUGAAGAGUACGUGUGGGAGAUGAUAAGAAAACGUGAGGUUUCGCCGGAGAUUUUCUUGGAGAAGAGCAGUUUCAUGAAGUGGUGGAAAGAGUACAAAGAGAUCAUCAAAGGGUUUCAUUCUUCACACUUCACCAAGUUUAUGAAUGAUAGGAUGUACGAGAGUUAUGGUCAAGCCUGCUGAAGAUUAAUGAUUAACAUUUAACUCUUUAAACGGUUAGUCAGUCGAUGAUCUGAUUAUUAGUGUAUUAUGGUGUUAAUAACAUUUAAUAAGCAAACAUUUAUUUAAUUUCAUAAUAGCAAAAAAAAAAGAACA